AUGUCUGAAGCCAACGAACUGGGGCUCCUCCCGAACCGGCCCAUGCUAGAAGUACUGAGUGACCAGUUCUUACUCAAUGUCAUAGCCUUACUUCCAAUUAUCGCCUAUCCCUUUCUGCCCUCGGUCGGUCGGUCUGGGGUCCGGUGCGAACUUUUCCUCAUCUGGUCUGCGGUGGUCCCUUGGACCCUCAUCUUGGCCAUGCGAUUUUAUUUCGAAGGGCCAAUACUUGAAGUCGAGGAGUACUUCAUGUGGCUGACCUAUGUACUCGCGAUGGCUGGCAUUCAGGGACUUCGUGUGCCGUCCGACCGUCUCCCGAAGCCGACAGACUUCAACCUCGCCGCGGGAUUGCUACAGUGCUCUGUAAUCUUUGGUUUGAUCAACUUUUUCAGCAACGACAUCUCCUUGCUCACACCCACGUGGAUUGGUUGGCUAUCACGCCUUCUCUAUUUUCUAAUCGCCUUUAUUUUCAUCUUGGGUGUCCCUUUCUUCGUUUUCCUGUCUUGGGACGCGCCGACAGCCUUUCUCAAGUUUACAACGCGUCAGGUCCCUGAGUGGUUUUGGCUACCAGAGAAUGGCGCCGUGCGUGAUUUUGCGCCUGCAUGGAGCAUUCUCCUUGCGAUCGCUGUGGUGAUAGCACCUUUAGUGCUGAGCAUAGCUGUACUUGAGAGCAGACUGUCUUGA